AUGGAAUGCUUAAGUUCUAAUGACAAAGACGGCAUUUCUGAUCUUAGUAAAGUAAUUCUGAACUGCUGGCAAAUCUGGAUAGAAAGAAAUAACUUGGUGUUCAGAAGUGUGCCCCUGGUCCUGGCGCGUUGUGUUUCUAUCUCCCGUAGUGUUGGUUUGGCUUUUCUCAAGGCUAAUGGGAAAUGUGACCCCAAUGAGGCUUUACCUAUCUCUUCCUUUAUUAAAUGGCAUCCUCUUGACCGACAUGAUGUGAUUAAACUCAAUUUUGAUGGUUCAGUUUCGAACAGCCGUGCUGCUGCUGCCUUUGUGCUUCGUAACAGUAAUUCACAGGUUAUUGGGGAAGGGGCUCUUAACCUUGAUGGCGUUACUAUUUCAGUAGCAGAAGAGAUGUGUUUGCGAGAAUGGCUCCAGUGUGGUAGGCACAAGGGUUUCACCAAAGUGAUGGUGGAAGGGGACUCUAAACUCAUCAUUGAAGCUGUGCAGGGUCACUGGGGGAUUCCUUGGAGAGUCAACUCUAUAAUCAAUGAUAUUUCUAUCCUGGCUCAGUCUGUUAGUUAA